UGAAAAGAAGUUUGUUGCAUACAUGCUUCAAGUGAGACAGGAUAACAAAGAAUCCAGACUCUUCGAUCCCGAUCCAGCGAAUGUUGAGAGAAGAUAUACACAUUUUUUGGACCUUUAUAACGGUUUGAAGAAGGACCACGCAAGUUUGCUCAGUGGCAUCGCCUUUCCCAGAAAGAUCAUGAUGGGGAAUUUUGAGCCUAACCUUAUAUCUAAUAGAUGUUCUGCAUUUGAGUCAUUACUGGACCUGAUUGCGAAUGAAUCACGGCUAAGGGAGUCCCCUGCUGCUAUUUCGUUUUUCCAGGACAUUGAACUCAGUGAGGCACGAAGACUAAUCGAUGAAAACAAAUUUGACCAAGCUCUGUCAGUUUUAGAAACUAGCUUUAGGUUAUUAAAUAAGGUAUACACAGACAGGUCUCGUGUCGUGCUAAGCGUUCUUUGCCGCAUCGUGGCAUGUGCUAGCGCAAGUAGUAAUGCCCUCGCUGGUCCUGUCGAAAGAUGGGCACAACUAGCACUAAGGAGAUAUGAAGCAGUUAGCGAUUCGGAUUUGCUCCUAAUUUAUGCCCCUUUGUUGCAUAGUUGCAUUUCUAUAUGGGAGACAUUGGGGCGAGAUAAGUCUAAAUUAGUAGAAGAAUUGAACAGUCUUCGUAAACGAGAAUUUCUGAAUGUAUGCGGAUACUAAGGAUGUAUGUGUACUGGAUCAUCAAAUUAUACCCGAGAGCACUAAAGUGGAAAGGGGUAAUAAAAUAAAUGUAUUAAACUAGUGUUAGUAUCUAAUAUCUCCAUCUCCAGAUCUGAAUGUUUUAAAUUGUUUUUCAAUGUCCAUUCUGGUAAACUUUACACCUAAGUAGCUUCAUAUAAAAAUAUUAUGUUCUGCGUAAUGUGCCAUUGUUCAAAAUAUUACUCUAUUAAUAUUAUUCCGACAAAAAUAUUCAAAUGCUUUAAUUUUAUUUAACCAACAUUUAAAUUACGCUGCG